AUGCCCAGACUUCCUCUGCUGCUGCUGCUCUGGGGCGUGGGCCCUCACGUCUUCACGGCGCUUGCUCAAAACGAGCAAGAUGCGGAGAUGGUCCGGGAAUACCUACAAAAGUACUACAACUUGAAGAUUAGAACUAACAAAUCCGAAAGGCAGAGAAACAGCGGCUUAGUGGUUGAAAAGCUGAAGGAAAUGCAGAAAUUCUUUGGGCUGAAGGUCACUGGGCUGCCAGACACUGAAACCCUGAGCGUGAUGCAGCAGGCCAGGUGUGGGGUGCCCGACGUGGCUCAGUACGUCCUCACUGACGGGAACCCUCGGUGGGAGCACACACACCUGACCUACAGGAUCGAAAAUUACACACCAGAUCUGCCAAGAGCAGAGGUGGACGAUGCCAUUGACAAAGCCUUUCAACUCUGGAGUAACGCCACCGUCCUGACCUUCACCAAGCUCUCCGAGGGUCAGGCAGACAUAGUGCUAUCCUUUGUCUGGGGAGAUCACGGCGAUAACUCCCACUUUGGGGGACCCAGAAGCCCGCUUGCUCAUGCUUUCCCACCAGGAAGAGGCAUUGGAGGAGAUGUGCAUUUUGAUGAAGAAAAAACAUGGACCAAUGACUUCAGAAACUUCAACUUGUAUUAUGUUGCUGCACAUGAAGUGGGCCACGCCCUUGGACUAGGCCAUAUUGAUGAUCUUGGCUCUCUAAUGUUCUCCAGUUACCUCUACUAUGGUGAUGUCCUGCUGUCUCAAAAGGACCUCAGUGCCAUCCAGGCCAUCUACGGAUCCUCCAAAAAUCCCAUCCAACCAAAAGAACCACCAAUACCACGAGCCUGUGAUAGCAAGCUAACAUUUGACGCUGUGACCAAAAUUCGCGGAGAAUCAUUCUUCUUUAAAAAUUGGUUCUUCCUACGCACAGGCGUCUUCUACAAAGCAGUCAAUGUCAUUUCUGACUUCUGGGAAUCACUGUUAAAUGGAGCAGACGCUGCUUAUGAAAUUGCCAGCAGAGAUGAAGUUUUAUUUUUUAAAGGUGAUAAAUACUGGGCGUAUAAGGAGCGCCAGACGCCGUCCGGAUAUCCCAGAGCCUGCAGCUCGUCGGGCUUCCCCAAAUGGGUGAAGAAAAUCGACGCCGCCGUUCACGAGGAGGAGACUGGGAAGACGUACUUCUGUGUUGCCAACAAGCACUGGAGGUAUGAUGAAAACACGCAGUCCAUGGAUGCAGGUUUUCCCAAAGAGAUAAAUCAGGACUUUCCUGGGAUUGGCGAAAAAGUUGAUGCUGUCUUCCAAGAUGGAGGAUUUUCCUAUUUCUUUCAUGGGAAAAGGCAGUACAAAUUUGAUCCUAAAACCAAGCGAAUCUUGACUCUCCUGAAAACCAACAGCUGGUUCCACUGCAGAAAUAUGUGAGGAUCGACUAUCACAAAGGAGAAAAGAAAAAUACCCCUGAGGGGCCCAGGACAGGUGUUUUUCCAAGGACCCCGAUAUUUCAAUGUUUUGUCUUCAUCUCUUGGCUGUACUGAGGCGCAGGUGUGUGCAGACAGUCUCAUUUAACCUCGACCCAGAGACCAUCUGUGUUGGUGAGAUUGUCACCUUCCACGAUUCCCACAACUUAGCUGCGAGUGAGCGCUGGGGCCUCACGGUUGUGCCCAUCCCUAGGGUUACAGGCAGAAAAGCUUUUCGUCAGUAUUUUAUGAUAUCUUAAGUAACUGUGCUUCUCAUAAUAACACGUUCUCAAGUAUUAUGUCUCUAAGGUUAGGCAAGAGCAGCAUGAAGUGUGUGGGAAGAUCGGAUGUACAGAAUUUCAAGCACCUGCCCUUCUCACGCGUAGGCAUCACCUGAGGGGCAGGGGCACUUAUCGACCCACCUCUCUGGUUUUGGUUGCAAGCUAAGCUUUAAGUCAAAUUAUGGAAGGGAUUGGGGUGCCUGGCUGGCUCAGUCGGUAGAGCACGGCACUCUUG